CGAUAUAUUACUGUCUCACUCCAUCUUCUUCUUCUUACCGGCAGCAUCUUCAUCACCAUCAUCUUCCGUCUUCACGACAUACAGACACAGACCUCUCAUCUCACUGCAUGCCAUGGCGCUCCUGAGCUGAAACCUUUGGUUUAUCUGAUAGUUAAGGCUUCUGGGUUUCUCUCUGAAUCGACUAGAAGGAGCAGGAAACAGAAGACGAAGAAGAAGAAGAAGAAGAAGAAGAAGAAGAAGAAGAAGAAGAAGAAGAAGAAGGAACAACAAUGGGAUUUAUCUCGGGCGUCGUGGUUGGAGUAACAGUUGGGAUCGGGUUGAUCUUCGGCUUCGCUUACUACUCGAAAAUCCGAUCCAAGCGACGCUCCGAACUGGCGAAGACGGUGGCAGCAUUUGCGAGGAUGACUGUGGAAGAUUCGAGAAAGAUACUUCCAGGCGAGUUUUACCCUUCUUGGGUUGUCUUCACUCAGAGACAGAAGUUAACUUGGCUGAAUACCCACUUGAAGAAGAUAUGGCCUUACGUUGAUGAAGCAGCAUCAGAGCUGAUAAGGACUACUGUGGAGCCAAUUCUUGAACAAUACAGGCCGGCCAUCUUGCAAUCUCUCACCUUCUCGAAGCUCACUCUUGGCACUGUUGCUCCCCAGUUCACAGGAGUUUCCAUUGUAGAUAGUGAAAAAGGUGCGGGCGUCACCAUGGAUUUGGAAUUGCAGUGGGACGGGAACCCGAAAAUCGAGCUCGACAUUCGAACACGAGUUGGAGUUGGAUUGCCUGUUCAGGUGAAAAACAUCGGGUUCACCGGGGUUUUCAGGUUGAUGUUCAGACCACUUGUAGAUGAAUUUCCUUGCUUUGGAGCUGUAUGCUAUUCCUUGAAAGAAAAGAAAAAUCUGGAUUUUACGCUUAGGGUCGUAGGUGGUGACAUAUCAGCAAUCCCUGGGGUUUCCGAUGCUAUUGAGGAAACAAUAAGAGAUGCUAUUGAAGAUACAGUGACGUGGCCCGUCCGGAAGAUUGUACCCAUAUUGCCUGGAGAUUACAGUGAUUUGGAGCUGAAGCCAGUCGGAGUAUUAGAGGUGAAGCUUGUGCAAGCCAAAGACUUGGCAAACAAAGAUGUCAUUGGAAAGUCUGACCCUUUCGUCGAAUUAUUUAUACGUCCACUGCGCAGCAGAAUGAAAAGGAGCAGAACAAUGAACAAUCAGCUGAACCCAAUAUGGAAUGAAAAUUUCGAGUUCGUGGUUGAAGAUGUGUCCUCGCAGCACUUGACUAUACGAGUCUUUGAUGAUGAAGGGGUUCAGGCCUCUGAACUCAUCGGGUGUGCGCAGUUUCCUUUGAUUUCCCUUGAGCCUGGUAAAGUGAAGGAUGUCUGGUUGAAGCUGGUCAAGGAUUUGGAGGUUCAGAGAGACAACAAGAACAGGGGCGAGGUGCAACUGGAGCUCUUGUAUUGUCCUAAUGGAAUGGAGAGCAACAUCAAGAAUCUUUUCAGGAACGACUUAUCUCUGACCUCCCUCGAGAAGGUCCUUCAAAGUGAAGGCGAUGGAGCAGAUGUUAAAAAGAAGGAUGUUAUCAUCAGGGGAGUUCUCUCUGUCACUGUAAUAUCAGCAGAAGACUUGCCCGCUACCGACAUAAUGGGAAAAUCAGACCCUUAUGUCGUGCUGAAGAUGAAGAAAUCAGACGCAAAGUACAAGACUCGGGUCUUAAAUGAUGUUCUGAAUCCUGUCUGGAAUCAGACCUUUGAUAUAGUUGUGGAGGAUGCGCUUCAUGACAUGCUCAUUCUAGAAGUAUAUGAUCAUGACACUUUCGGAAAGGAAAAGAUUGGGAGAGUUAUCAUGACACUAACGAGGGUCAUAUUAGAAGGAGAUAUACAGGACACCUUCCCCCUAGACAAUGCAAAAUCGGGUAAGCUGAACUUGCAUCUCAAGUGGACCGGGCAGCCAGUAUACCGCGAUCCUUGAGAUUGUUAAGACUCUUGCCAGUAUAUUCGAAAGUUGAGGCGUCAUGGCUGUAUUCAUUGUACAUCAGAGAGCAAAAGAUCAGGUGAUACUGUAGAAAAGAUACUGAUAUUUUCAGCUUUCUAAAUCUAUAGAGAUGAAGUCUAGAUGAAGAGUAGAAUGAUCUGAAAGAGUCAUACAUACGUACUAGAAUCUAUGUCGGAUUUAUAUAUCUUUGAUCUAUUGACUGUCAAGAGCUUAAUGAAGGCAUUUCUUUGUUUAAGUUU